AUAUUAUUCCUACCAUGUUCCAUUAUAAAUACCCCAAUGAAACAAUGAUUCCGGAAUGCAAGCUCCAUGCAAGAUCACAGGAAUCCGGAACUGAGGCGGGAGAUCUGACAUGAAAAUUGGACCAACAUUUGGGCUGACCAAUCGUUGGUAUUUGAGACGGUUUGAUAUUCCACCGAUUCUCAAAGAAUGUCUCCGAGAUUCAAUAUACUAGACGUGCUUCAUGAAAAGUUUCUCUGUCUCUUGUUAUUCUCACAAUUGUAUCUCAUUCUCUAACUUCAUUAUUAAUUCUUAAACUUUGUCUUCUACUAUAUUCUCGCAUUCUCUCCGAUCGAUCACUUCACUUUCCUCGCCAACAUCAUCUAGUGAUAUCACCACAACACACAAAUAUGGGCCAUCCAUCUCUCAUAUUCGGUGCUGCAUCUAUCGGGAUGGAUUUCAGCACCAAAGAAUCCGUCCAAGAUGCACUCGACGUCUUAAAAGAGUUGAAUAUUUCCCAAAUCGAUACCGCAGGAAGAUAUCCACCCACAAAUCAUGGAAGAUCCGAGGAGCUUCUUGGAGAAGUAGGAGCUGCAUCGCAAGGCUUUUUUAUCAGUACGAACAUUCUUGCUACGAAGCUUGGGUAUGGGAGUGGUGAACUCGAAGCUUCGGCUAUAGAGAAGUCGCUCGAUACAAGUUUUGAGCGUUUAGGUGUUGAUCAGGUUGAUAUCUUAUAUUGUCAUCAACCUGAUCCGACGACUCCAUUGAAAGAACAAGCAGAAGCCCUCAAUGAUCAUUUCAGAGAGGGGUCUUUCAAGAGAAUAUUAAUUUCACAAAGCUUGGAAUCUCCAAUUUCCCCCCCCAAAUUACUCCAAGAAUUCAUCCAAGUAUGCGAGGAAAACAAUUUCGUGAAACCGUCUGUGUAUCAAGGAGAUUACAACCUCAUAACUCGAGGCAUGGAGAAAGAAUUACUACCUAUCCUCGGAGCCCAUUCGAUGUCUUUCUUUGCAUUCAGAGCUCUAGCAGCCGGUUUCCUAACCGGAAAUUACAGCGCCGGGAAAUCCAACGGCACUAGAUUCAGCGAUGACCACCCACUUGGAAAGGCAUUUCAGAACCUCUAUGCAGCCCCUAAAUUGCAAGAAGCCAUAAAAGAUCUCGAGAAUACUUUAGCACCCUUAGAUAUUUCUGGAAGAGAAGCUAGCUUGAGAUGGAUCUAUUAUCAUUCGAAAUUGGGAAAUGGGGAUGGGAUUAUUCUGGGUGCUAGUAAAAUUUCUCAAAUAAGAGAAAAUAUUAAGAGUAUAUCUGCUGGGCCGCUCUCUGAGCAAGUGGUACAGAAGAUCGAAGGAACUUGGGAUUUGUUGGCUGAGGACAGACGUGGGAUUUUGUAGCUUAUGUGAUUUGGGAGAGAAGACUUGUGCAGUUGUCCUCUAUUAAAAAGCAUAGUGUUUACAGGUAUCCUCUGCAAAUCUCAGGAACUCAAGAAAGUUUCGUGAAGACAGGAAAUCUUAAAUUCUAGUAGAUAUCAAAGACAACAUCAUGAACAGCUCCAAAAACUAACGACCCUCGCAUGCAAAACCACCUACAAAGUUCCCUCUAAAACUCUAAUUGCUCGAAGAAUAAUUCAUUCCAUAUCAUAAAGAAAGUCUUUAUAUAAUAAACAUCAAACAUCCAACAUAGAACAGAAACGUUCAUCCCACAUCAUUACACCAACCCCCUAUUUCUAGAUUCUACAAGUCAGAUCUCAUCUUCACCCUUUCCCAAAACUCUAAAAGGCCCGAAUACAGAUAUGCAACAAAACCAAAACAAACAAAUCUGUACCCCAGACCUCAAUAUCAACAACUAUCCCACCCCCUAUCCAAAAGUGACAAAAGGCCCGAAUGGAGGUAGAUAUGCAACAAAACAAUCUUGUUGAUCCUUCAACAUCAAUUCAACAAAGAUUCUUCUUCACUUAUUUUCACUUUUACUUUCAUU